GGAGAGUGCGUGUUGUCAUGUGAUCCCCCUGAAUCGCAGGUGAAGUGAAGACGGAGCUCAGUGGCCUGUUCGUGGAGAAGCCGGACAGCACCACCGCCACGAAAGGGAAGGACAUCACGUUCGUCGCCAAGGUGGACGCCUCCAACAUGCUGAGGAAGCCGACCAUGAAAUGGCUGAAGGGGAAGUGGCUGGACCUGGGCAGCAAGGCGGGGAAGCACCUGCAGUUCAAGGAGACCUACGACCGGAACACCAAGGUGUACACUUACGAGAUGAGGAUUAUGAAGGUCGUGGAGACGGAUGCUGGGGGCUACAGAUGUGAGGUCACUGCGAAAGACAAGUGCGACAGCUGCACCUUCGAAGUGACUGUGGAAGUUGCUGAAGACACGGGGAGCGGGAACAUUCUGGAAGCGUUCAAAAGAUCGGGAGACGCAAGUGAGGAUGCAGGUGACCUGGACUUCAGCGCUUUACUGAAGAAAAGGGAGGUGAAGGUGGAGGAGCCGAAGGAGGAAGUGGACGUGUGGGAGAUCCUGAAGAAAGCCAAGCCCUGCGACUACGAGAAGAUCGCCUUCCAGUACGGCAUCACGGACCUGAGGGGCAUGCUCAAGCGGCUGAAAAAGAUGAGGGUGGAGCCCAAAAAGUGUGACGCCUUCCUGAAGAAGCUGGAGUCGGCCUACACUGUGGACAAGGGCAGGAGGAUCCAGAUGUGCGUGGAGGUGGCCGACAUCAACGCUCCGAUAAAAUGGCUGAAAAACGGACAGGAGAUCAAACCCUCCGCCAAGUACCUGUUUGAGGCUCAGGGGAACAAGAGGACCCUGACGAUCAACAGGUGCACCCUGGCGGACGAUGCGGCCUACGAGUGCGUGAUCGGCGAGGACAAGAGCUUCACGGAGGUCUUCGUCAAGGAGCCCCCCGUCACCGUUACCAAGCUCCUGGACGACAUGCACGUGGUGGUCGGAGACAGGGUGGAGUUUGAGGUGGAGGUGUCCGAGGAGGGCGCCAACGUCAUAUGGAUGAAGGACGGCGUCGAGCUGACGAGAGACGGGAAGUACCGCUUCAAGAAGGACGGCAAGAAGCACUGGCUGAUCAUCCAAGAGGCGGAAAAGGAGGACAUCGGAAUGUACUACGUAUACACCAAUGGGGGACAGUCCAAGGCUGAACUGGAAGUGGAAGACAAACAGCUGGAGGUGCUCCAGAGCAUCGCUGACCUCACCGUGAAGGCGGAGGAGCAGGCCAUGUUCAAGUGCGAGGUCUCGGACGAUAAGGUGACAGGGAAGUGGUACAAGGACGGGGUGGAGGUCAAGCCCAGCGAACGCUUCAAGAUGACCCACGUCGGGAGGUUUCACAAGCUGACGAUCGACAACGUGAAGCCGCAGGACGCCGGCGACUACACCUUCGUCCCGGACGGAUACGCGCUGUCCCUGUCCGCCAAGCUCAACUUCCUGGAAAUUAAGAUUGACUACGUGCCUCGCCAAGAACCCCCCAAGAUCUACCUGGACACCAGUGGUGUGGGCUCCCAUAACACCAUUACGGUCGUCGCCGGCAACAAGCUCCGCCUGGAUGUGGAGAUCACCGGAGAGCCCGCCCCCACUGUCUGCUGGAUGAAGGGAGACACUGUGGUGUCGGAGGCGGAGGGGCGGGUCCGCGUGGAGACCAGGAAGACGCUGAGCAGCUUCGUGAUUGAGGGCGCGGAGCGGUCCGACGAAGGGCAGUACAGCAUCACCGUCACCAACCCGGCCGGAGAGGACAAGGCUCGGCUGACCAUCAGGAUCGUGGAUGUGCCUGACCCCCCCGAGGCAGUGAAAUGCACAGCUGUGGGAGAGGACUACGCCACGAUCAUCUGGGAAGCCCCCAAAUUUGAUGGGGGGGCACCACUUAAAGGCUAUCUAAUGGAGAGGAAGAAGAAGGGCUCUUCCAGGUGGACAAAGCUGAACUUCGACAUCUACGAGUCGACUACUUACGAAACCAAGAAGAUGAUCGAGGGCGUCCUCUACGAGAUGAGGGUGUUUGCCGUCAACGGCAUCGGCGUCUCGCCGCCCAGCGUUGUCUCCAAACCCUUCAUGCCAAUCGCCCCCACCAGCGAGCCUACCCGCCUCACGGUGGAGGACGUGACGGACACCACCUGCUCCCUGAAGUGGCUCCCCCCAGACAGGGUAGGAGCUGGGGGCAUUGACGGCUACAUCAUUGAGUACUGCGUGGAAGGAGGCACGGAGUGGAUCAGAGGCACCAAGGACCCGGUGGAGAAGAACCACUGCACGGUGAGGGGCCUGCCCACGGGGGAGAAGCUGCUCUUCAGAGUGAUGACCAUUAACAUCGCCGGCCUGAGCCCUCCGUCCUACACCCAGCAGAGUGUCACCAUCCGUGAGAUCAUGGAGCACCCCAAGAUCCGUCUCCCUCGUCAGCUGAGAACCAAGUACAUCAGGAAAGUUGGAGAGAAGGUCAACCUGGUCAUUCCUUUCCAGGGGAAGCCCCGCCCCGUGGUGAACUGGUACAAAGACGGGAAGCCCAUCGAUGAGAAGAAUUUUGGGGUGCGCACCACCGAGGUCGACACCAUGAUCUUCAUCCGCUCGGCCGAGCGGGACCACUCCGGAAUCUACACCCUGUCCGUGAAGAUCGAGAACAUGGAGGACAAGGCCGACAUACGCAUCCUGGUCGUAGAGAAGCCAGGCGCGCCCACAGCGGUGAAAGUGACCGACGUCUGGGGCUUCAACGCAGCCCUGGAAUGGCAGCCGCCCCGGGACAGCGGCAACACCGAUAUCACCGGCUACACCGUCCAGAAGGCCGACAAGAAGACCAACGAGUGGUUCAUGGUGUACGAGCACAACAGGCGGCCACACUGCACCGUGUCCGACCUGGUCAUGGGGAACGAGUACAUGUUCCGCGUGUACAGCGAGAACAUCUGCGGCCUCAGCGAAUCGGCAGGCUUCAGCAAGAACACGGCCGUCAUCGCCAAGACAGGCCUGGUGCACAAACAGGCUGCCUUCAAGGAGCAGGACCUGAGCCACUCCCCCAAGUUCACGCAGCCCCUGGUGGACAGGACCGUCAUUGCAGGCUACACCGCUGCCAUCAGCUGCUCCGUGCGCGGAUUCCCCAAGCCCAAGAUCGUCUGGUUGAAGAAUAAGAUGAUUAUCGGGGACGACCCCAAGUACCUCAUGCAGAACAACCAAGGGGUGCUGACCCUCAACAUCCGCAAGCCCAGCCUGUUCGACGGCGGCAAGUACACCUGCCGGGCCAUCAACGACCUGGGCGAGGACGAGGUGGAGUGCAAGCUGGAGGUCCGAGUUCACUCGGCAAAAGAAGAAAAUAAGUGAGCGAAACACAGAGGAACUACAAACAAGAAAAUCAGUUGAUGUGUGGCUUGAUAACAAAAAUAAAAUGUAUUUGAAGUCUUAA